UUUAGUGGAGUUCCUGUCAGGAGACCUGACGGCCGAGACUGGCGAGAGACGUGCGGGAGCUCCUGCUGACACACAUUCUUGUGUAUAUAUAAACAUAGGUAGGACCAGCUUGGACACACUAGCUUCUUUAAGCAGCAGACAAUGGAUGCCAACAUUCUUCUGGUUUUCGUUUUCGUGAACGCUGUUCAAGGAUGGUUUAUUUCUUCCUCCUCUCCGGAGCCAGGACGUGUCUGCUUCACCAGCCUGGGACGCUGCUACAGCAACGCCGCCCCCUACAACAACGUGCCGGGGUUCUUACCAGAGUCCCCAGCCAUACAACAGGUGCAGUUCUGGCUCUACACACGGGGCGACACAAACCGCCCACAAACUAUUUCGGCUGAUUCGGAUGCCAGUAUUACAACGUCCAGUUUCGAUGCUCAUAGGGAGACGAAGGUCAUCAUCCAUGGGUUUGGGGAGUGGGGCAACAAGUCCUGGGUGAGGAUCAUGAAGGACACCAUUCUUACACACGAUAAUGUCAACGUGAUCAUCGUGAACUGGCGAGAAGGUGCCAAGCCCCCUGUGUACUUUCAGAGCGUCGCCAACACUCGAGUGGUGGGGACUCUACUGGAGAAACUCAUCACGAGGCUCAACACAGUGACAAGAGCCUCUUUUCAGAGCUUCCAUUUGAUUGGUCACAGCCUUGGGGCGCACGUUGCUGGCUAUGCUGGGAUGACGAUAAAUACAAUUGGUAGAAUAACAGGAAUGGAUCCAGCAGGUCCAAAUUUCGACGAUUUCGGAAACCAGGUCAUCUUGGAUGCAAGUGAUGCCAGCUUUGUGGAUAUCAUACACACAAAUGCCAAACCUCUGCGCAACUUUGGGUACGGGAUACAGAAGACCACUGGUCAUGUGGACUUCUUCCCUAAUGGCGGUGUUAAUCAGCCGGGGUGUCCCGACACCACCAGGGGCAUCCUGCUCCUCCUCAACGGCGACACUGCAGCGGCUGUGACGUCAUUGGCUUGUAGUCACGAACGAGGAUUCGUGUAUUUCAUCGCUUCUAUAAACGGGACCCUUUUUGAGGCGUAUCCUUGCGCCAGUAAGUCCGCCUAUCAGCGAGGCCUGUGCAGGUCAUGUGACAGCGGGUGUGCAUACAUGGGUUACUACGCCGAUGAAACUAGUCCCAGGGGUACAUUCUAUCUGUCAACGGGAUCCGAUUGGAUACAAUAUCCCCAGGACACCUCGAUGGGAGUCCUUGCAGCCAUCAAUUGAUGUCCCCGGUAUUCCUUCAUUCUCUCCUGUGUAUUUAGAAUUUCCAGAAUAAAGUUGAUAUUGUCCAGAAAAUGGGA